AUGUCCCAGAUGUACUCCCGCCCCGGCAUGCACCCAUCGUCAUCCUCCUCCUCCGCUUCAUCACACCAACACCAGCUCCUCCAGGCGCGGAUCGCCAGCAAGCGCGCCGAGCUCGAGAACCUGCGGCAGCUGCGCGACCUGAGCGCGCACCUGACGGCGCAGCUGGAGCAGCUGGAGACGAAGCUGGGCAGCCUGCGGGACGGCGCGCAGGCCGUGGCGCUGGUGCUGGCGAACUGGGACAAUGUGCUGCAGGUCAUCGGGAUGGCGGCCAUGAAGGUGCCCUCACCGCCUGCGCCGGACGGGCCGGAGGAGGGGAAUGGGGACGGACGAGGAGGAGAAGACAACAACGAGAUGGCGAAAGAUCUGAAUCCGGCACGAGAUCGAGGACAGCAGCAGCACCAACAACUGCCCGUGCCCUUGGUCCGCAUACCCGUGCACCCCAAGGCGGAAGAUGGCGGCUGA